UUUAUGCCGGCACGCAUUCACCAGUUUGAAACAGUUGUGAACAUAAAUAUGUAAAUAAUGUGGUUAAUGAAGUGUUUUAUUGUUAUAGUUUUGUUAAGCAUUACGGUUGAGGCACAAAUUUGGUCAAAAAUACGCUUGAGGAAACGACUUCAAGAACAAAUUAUGAAUAUAAAAACUGCUAUUAAUUUAAAGAAUAGUAUUUCAGAGAGAAUCAAGCGCUUCAGGGAGAGAAAUACGCAGUCUGUGUGUUAUGAUAUUGUGGGAUGUUUCAAACUUCCCCAUAAAAAUUCUCCUUUACAAAAACAUCCAGAAGAUCCUAAAAUGCUUGAUACGAAAUUUUAUUUAUUCACUAGAUCAACUGAUUUAGCAAAACCAGAAAUUUUAUUUUACGACGAUGGCGGUGAAUCCUUGAAAAUAUCUUCGUUUAAUUUAUCUAAUCCUUUGAAAGUUAUCGUGCAUGGGUACGUGAGUAAAUGGAACGAGAAAGGAUCUUUGAUUAUUAUGAAAUCCUAUUUGAAAAUGUUUGAUUAUAAUGUGAUAUUGAUGGAUUGGCAUAUCGGAGCAAGGGGACCUCAGUAUCCAGUGGCAGCAGCAAACACCGAAGUAGUAGGACGACAAUUGGGUAUUCUAUUAACUAAUAUGGUAAAAAAGGGUUUGGAACCAAGGAAAAUUCAUUUAAUUGGAUUUUCAUUGGGGGCGCACGUUUGUGGUACUGCAUCGGAGAGUUUGAAGAAUGAGGGUCACCUAAUUGGUCGUAUUACCGGUCUUGAUCCAGCUAGUCCCCUUUUUAGGAACAAUUAUUUAAGAGAAAAGUAUAAAAAAUUAGAUAGGAGUGACGCCGAAUUUGUUGAUGUCGUUCAUACCGAUUCAAGUCCUUAUUUGACUGACGGGUUUGGAUUAUGGGAUCCAAUAGGGCAUGUCGAUUUUUUUCCUAAUGGCGGACAAGAUCAGCCGGGAUGUAAUGAUGUCAAAGAUUCUAUUGUCGUUUCUCAUUUUGAAAGAGGACUUUCUUCGGAAUUAGUAUGUAGUCACAUAAGGGCUUUCCAUCUAUUUAGAGAAUCUAUUGAAAACAUGGUAGAGAGAAAAAAGGGAAAUACGAACGUCUGCGAAAUGACAGCUUAUUAUUGCCCCAGAGGAAGAAUAUCCUUCGAAGAAGGAAGUUGUUUUCCGCAAAUAUCUCACGAUAGAAAUUCUACAACAUUAGAUCCAUCGUAUAGAACCGAUAUAGGUAAUAUUGGUGAAGAGGCAAAAGGAGAAGGAGUUAUGUUCUUGUCUACUAGAAGUGAGAGUCAAUAUUGCGGAACUCAACUUCAAGCACAAAUAGAAUUAUCUAAAAAAAAUGAAGUAUUAAAAGGUAUACUCCAAUUACAGCUCAAUUAUGAAAACAGUUCCGUGGUAUUUCAAUUGAAUUGCGAAUAUAAAACGACAGAUAUUUAUGAAAAAAUCACAUAUGGCCUUGGUGUAGCGGAACAUAAUACUCUAAAUAAAAAUGUAAACGAAAUUAUGGCUAGAUUCAGUUAUUUAAAUUUGGAAGAAUAUGAAAUGUCGAAUAAUGAUACUAAAAAUGUGUCAAAAAUAUUUUUUAAUAAUGUUAUAGUACGGGACAUGUACGGUAACAGUUGGGAAUACCAACAUCCAAAUACGAAAAUAGAAGACGUACAUGGGCAAAUAUAUGGAUUAUUAUCAGUUAUCAUGAAAAGAAAAACGUAACAACAUGUGCGGUUGAUGAUUUUUUUAUAAAAAUCGACGUUUGAAUAAUUUCUAUCAAUAUUCUUAAUUUAACUUUUUAAUCAUUUAUGAUUGAUUGAAUUGUUAUUUAUGUUUAUAUUCCGAAAUAUACAGCUGUUAACUUUA